GUUGGUUUUCUACUUUUCUGUAUCCCAAAACAACGAUAGCAUCGAGGAGAAGAGCUUCGGAAGUGGAAAUGAGCUAAUAUGUCUUUGCUAAAACAAUGGGCUUCGCAAAGGCCCAAUAAGGCCCACGCAAUUCAACAAUAUAUAGUGACUUCAGCGGUAUCUUAGAUUUGACACGUUUCUAGUUUGAAGAAGAGCUUAACAGCAGCAGAAGAAACUCGGAAGAAAUUAGAAUGGCCAGCUUAGACGAACGUCCUUCUGCGAAAAGGUGGCUUCCUCUCGAAGCUAACCCUGACGUCAUGAAUCAGUUCCUUUGGGGUCUUGGCCUUCCGGUGGAUGAGGCUGAGUGCUGUGAUGUUUUUGGCUUAGACGAAGAGCUUCUGGAAAUGGUUCCGAAGCCAGUUCUUGCUGUGCUUUUUCUUUAUCCCCUUACCGCAAAGAGUGAAGAAGAGAGGUUGCAACAGGAAAAAGAAAAAAAGGAUUAUAGCAGUAAAGUGUAUUUUAUGAAGCAAACCGUGGGUAAUGCUUGUGGUACAAUAGGGCUGCUUCAUGCACUUGGAAACAUAACUUCCGAAGUUAAGCUUGCUGAGGGGUCUUUCUUUGAUAAGUUUUUCAAAUCUACUGCAAGCAUGGAUCCAAUGCAGCGGGCUGUAUUUCUUGAGAAUGACAGGGAGAUGGAAGUUGCUCAUUCAGUAGCGGCCACUGCUGGCGAUACAGUGGCAUCAGAUAAUGUGGACACUCAUUUCAUCUGCUUUUCUUGUGUGGAUGGUGAAUUGUAUGAACUUGAUGGAAGAAAGUCAGAACCAAUAUCUCAUGGUCCAUCCUCACCAAGUACUUUGUUGAGGGAUGCAGCUAAAGUCAUCCAGAGCAUGAUCCAGAAAAAUCCAGGUUCCCUCAACUUCAAUGUCAUUGCAAUAUCAAAGAAAUCCAAGGAUGGGCAUUAAGGAUGUCAAUUUGGGUGAGAAGCAAUUCUUGAAGUUAACUGCAGUAUCAUCAAUCCCCAGACAUCCAUGCAGCUUUAUUCACUUUGCCUGUAUUUUAUGCUCGGAUUUUUAUUUUAUUUUCAUUCGGUGAUCUAUCUAGUUCAGUAUCUUUGGUUCAAAGUAGACUCAGUGCGAGUAACUUCGAGCUACAAGUUCUGUUUACUGCCAACAUAAUAACAAUGCGAUAAAUGUUGGAACCAAAUUUUUAAG